AUGAUGAGAAACCCCACGAAAAAACACUCUUUCGUCUCGUACCAACCAACCGACUCGCCGAGGAAGCCCUCGCUCACCCUGACAAUAUAUUCCAGGACCGCGGGGGAAAACGGCCAGGGCGGUCCGAGAACAGGCAUGUCGCUUCAACGAGAGCUCCAAGAAGCCAACAUGGCUGAGAAACAAAUUGACGAGCAAGGGCAAGGCGUUAUCCUCUACAGCCAGGAUUACGCCGUCUCCAUUGCAAGUUACACUUUUCACUUGAUCUGGCGGGGCAACGGCAGUGAUGAUACUGAGUGUCUGAAAGCCUUUGCUUUUCAAGGGUACCAAGAAUCGGUCCACCGGUUAAAGGACGUGAGAUCUCGCGACCGGCCGACAGAGUAUGACAACUCGGAGGUAAGGUCGUGGCACAUAACCAGGCUCGACACCAUCAAGGGGACUCGUUUCAGCGAUGUCCCGCAACUUCGUAAAGAAAUAGGUUCGGGAGCCUUUGGAAAGGUCUAUGCAGCAAUUGAUCGGGUAUCAGGCUAUGAAUUUGCGAUUAAAGUGAUUCAGCUCCAACACUACCACAAUUCCGAGGAAGCACGAGCCUUAGUGCACAGGGAAAUCAAGAUCCUGGAGAGGUUAAGCCAUGAACAUAUUAUCGAAUAUCUAGGCUACAAAGAUUUCCACACUUCCAAGCCCGAGAUCUUUAUGCCUUUGCGAGAAGGGUCUUUGAGAUCGCUUAUCACGGACGAAGAAGUUGCCGACUAUGGAGGUUUAUUCUUCGACGUGGUAACCCAGAUACUCAGCGCCCUGGAUUACCUGGCGAGUGAGAACCUGGUCCACCGGGACGUGAAGCCCGAAAACGUUCUCUACUACUACACCUCGGGUAAAAUCACUGGCAGUGGUUACCAUUUUCAGCUGGCUGACUUUGGAUUCGCCCAUUACCACACUCUGGCUACAAGCGUCUGCGGCACGGGCUGUUACCGGGCUCCUGAGCUGGAGCCUGAAAAGAGCCACGUGUGCGCGCCGCAGAGCCACAAGAUGGAUGUAUGGUCCCUCUUCGCUACCAUGGUUGCCGUCGAGUCCAAGUUUGAGAGCUUUCCGAUCCGUACCUCUGACUAUGGCAUUAUUCUAAAUGCAUUGAAGGCGAAAGCCCGAGAAUCCCCAUUGUACGCGCACAUGGGGAGGCUGAAUCCAGAUUGCCGGGCCUCGGCUGCCCAAAUACUCAACGAACACUUCGCAGGCUGGGGAUUAACAACACCACAAUCGAAAAUCCUCCCGAUAAAGCCCGAGCUACAAGGGGCUACUCGUCAAGACCUAUUGCCAACUGCCGGGCCUAGUGCACCCCGCCAAAUGAACAAUGGCCACGAGAAACCUCGCCAGCAAGCAGCGGCCACGCCCGAUCGCUUAAUCACAUAUCCGCCACGCAACACACGGUCCCGCAAGCAGCGUGCUACACCGGUGCCGGUCCGCGUGAACAAGGAUGGUGUUACGAAGCGCCGGGCGAGAUGGAACGCUCCCGCCAGAACAUCACAGCAACAAAGAUUGCUUGUUCAGAAAGAGCCAGAGAAGGAUGUUCCGCCUAUGCCUGGGGCAUUUGUUGACUAG